AGAGCGCUGAGUGAGGGGGGCCUGAGCGCAGUGGAGGAUUGUGGGACGGCGGAGGCCUGCUCUGCAGAAACAGACAGGGGGAGGAAGAGUUUGAGAGAAGAGCAGAAAUAAGCUGAAAUAACCUGUAACAGCAGCGCGGCUACCUGCACACACCUGUACACACCUGCGCACGCGACAGCCAUGGGGCAGGAGGAUCUCAUGAGCACGGCGGAGGAUGUAGCGGAUCAGUUCCUCAGAGUGACGAAGCAGUACCUGCCUCACGUGGCCCGUCUGUGUCUAAUCAGCACGUUUCUGGAGGACGGUAUCCGUAUGUGGUUCCAGUGGAACGAACAGAGGGACUAUAUUGAGGCGACCUGGAGCUGCGGCUACUUCCUGGCUACCUGCUUCGUGCUGCUUAACCUUUUAGGACAGCUGGGUGGCUGUGUUCUUAUCCUCAGUAGAAAUUUCGUACAGUAUGCUUGCUUUGGAUUAUUUGGCAUUAUUGCGCUACAGACUGUUGCCUACAGUAUCUUAUGGGACCUAAAGUUUUUGAUGAGAAACAUGGCUCUGGGAGGGGGUCUGCUGCUGCUAUUGGCCGAGUCUCGUUCAGAAGGGAAGAGCAUGUUUGCGGGCGUGCCGUCGAUGGGCGAGAGUUCCCCUAAGCAGUACAUGCAGCUGGGGGGCCGAGUGCUGCUGGUGCUGAUGUUCAUGACCCUGCUGCACUUCGACUCCAGCUUCUUCUCAAUUCUUCAGAACAUGGUGGGCACGGCGCUCAUCAUCCUCGUGGCCAUCGGCUUCAAGACCAAACUGGCCGCGCUCACCUUGGUGGUGUGGCUCAUGGCCAUCAACGUCUACUUCAAUGCCUUCUGGACGGUGCCUGCCUACAAGCCCAUGCACGACUUCCUCAAGUACGACUUCUUCCAGACCACGUCGGUCGUGGGGGGCUUGCUGCUGGUGGUGGCUUUGGGUCCGGGGGGCGUUUCCAUGGACGAGAAGAAGAAAGAGUGGUGAGGAGACCCUGAAAGCCCCCCUGCCCAGCCCAACCCUCAAAUCCACUGCCGAGGACACAAGGAACCACUGUCUUUUCACUACGCCAACAACAACAUCCCAGUGCAGCAGUUCAGAGCAACCUCGUUCCUUUCCUUUCGAUCUGUCAUUUGCCUUUGCUUUUUGCUUCCCCCCCCCCACCCCACUUUUCUUUUGAUUGUUUCUCCCUCUUCGUUUACUCCGUUUUGUUUUUAUAAGUUGAAAAUGGCAAUCUGGAAGUCUUUGAGUUUUUAUAUUAAUAUAUAUAAGCCCAUUAUCCCCCCUCAUCCCAAUCUUCUCUCAGCUGAGGAACCGCUAAGGAACAUGCUGCAGCCUGAAUAUGAGGAACUCUCCCUAUGUUAACUGUCCAAAUACUGAUUUGCCUUUUUCUUUUCCGCAGAUCUCUCUGUUAGCAACUUUACCGACUUUAAAUUAGCCUGACGGGAUGCUUCGUUAAUGUGCAUAGUUGAAGGGUCGUUGGUUUUUAAGGGUCGUUGAUAUAGCUGUGAAUGUGUACGCCUAUAGAUUCUGUGAAUUAAACGUAAAUUAGAGCUCUGAUUGAGGAUGAAAGGUGUCGAGCAGUUUACAAGAGUGACUGAUUGGCCGACUGACUCGAGUCGUCGUGCCUCGGGUUGAUUGUGGUACACCUCCUAAUAAUGCUUUCCUUGUUCCUUCCACCUUCAUAUCAUCAAUCCUCAUAUUCUCAUAUCAAACCAAUGGCCCUCACUGUAUGUUUAGGGUGCACAGGGUCUUCCUGUGAACGAUACAGGUUUUUGUAGUUCAGAAGAGGGGCGAUAAACGUAUAAACUGCCAUCUAAAACCCGCUAAGGUGAAGGUGGUACAGCUGCUCAAACCUUCCAACAGUUCUAUCACUCUCCAGAACCCUCUAUUGGACUGUAUACUGUACACAUCUUGGGGUCCAACCCCAUCUAGUCAUUGGAACAAGGCAGUAGACGGGGGGAGUUUACCGUUUGAGAAACGCCAUAUUUUACAGAUCCGCACGGGUGAAGCAGACCGACAAACGGGUCUGUUCACGCAUCUGUACUUUUGUCUCGCUCUGUGUUUUUUGCUGUCGAUGGAAAAUUAAUAACUCAUUAUAUUGAUUUACAGAAGUUUAUAUUGUAUUUUUGAUUUAUUUUUGUUUUCAGAUCAUGGCGGAGAAAAAUAAAAGCAAAAAAAAACGA